ACAACAGGACAACCGCGUGGGAGCAUGCGCAUUGAAACGCCAGACGUCGAAAUUGUUUGAUUUAACGCUUAAGAUUAAUGUAGUUAUUGCGUGUGAGGGUCACGGGGGGUCUGCUGGAGCCAAUCGAGCUGUAAUUUCCCAGCCCCUGUGUUUUGGGGUCCAUGAAGAAAUUACAAAAGAGUUCUGUGCAUGAUCACCUUAAAACGACAUGGCUAGCAUUAAUGAAAUCCAUCAGAAGAGUUCUUUGCCUUCAAUUUUGGAUACUUACUUACCUUUAAGUUAUAAAGGACAGAAUAAAUUAGAAAUUCAGAAAAGAAAUGAGGAAAGGAAGGAAACAAAACUUACUAAAAUUACUAAGAUCUAUGAUGAAGAUGAAGAGGAAAGGAGAAUGAUAAAGCAAUCGCUUUUGGAUCAGCACCAUCUUGAGGUGUACAGGAAUAUGUACCGUCUCAGAGAUGCACUGUAUUUACACUAUAUGGACUUAUUGAAACAAAAAAUACACAAACAGAGGUACCAAAUUAAACAGAGAAGUAAUGAGAUGCACAAACAAACUGAAAGACCUAAAAAGCAGAUGAGUCCUGUACAUAAACUUCCUUACAACAAGAUAUCACAUGAUGAUAGAUACCUUCAGUCACUUCCUAAGUCUGGAUACUAUCUGAUUGUAGAAGUGCAGAAUCAGCUGACUAGAUGUGGAUAUUUGAAGACCAGAAGAGAUUUUGAAGAAUUUUGGCAUUUGAUUAGUCAGUUUCAGCAUUCCUCACAUUUAAAAGAGAGACUGCAAGAAAUGAAAUUAAUGAUGAACGGCUGUAAGACUACACUGAUGUUUCAAAAUUUGCAAACCAAUGAUACAGUGAGAAGCCUACAAAAUACCAUUAGUGUUACUCAGAAAAAUGGUCUACAGUCCACUCAUUUCAGAGAACAGCGGAAAUAUAAGCCAUCUUUGAAUAGCCUUUCAGAAGAUCCAGCUUGUGAGCACAUAGCUCAUCUUUCGAGCAAACACCAGAGGGAACAAGACAGAAUUGAGCAAAUGUUUCCUAAGUUACAGAUCCCCAAGUUUUUUUGUUUUCAAGAAGACUUAAAGAAGCAGUACAGAACUCCAGAUGUGGGUUUGGUUUCUAAAUCAUUACAUACUUGUACAUCUACUGAGCGAGAAGAAAGUCAAAGGAAACUGCACCAUAUGUACAAUGUUUCUUUUACCAAUAUGGCAUCAUCCAAAAGACUACUGGACAGAAAUGGCCAGUUUACAUCCUUUGAAGAUGAGUGCAGCGUGAGAAGUCUGAUCCCAUGUUUUUCACCAGUAGAAAGUAAACUUUCAAAAUUCAGGAGGGAUCAUUCUGGAAAUGAGACUUUCAGCAUGCUGUCGCCCCAAGACAGUACUGAAGAUGUCACGCCUAAUAGGAAUACAAUCUUAAAAUGUGACAGUUCCAAAGAAACAGUCCCCUCAAAAAGUUUAUCAUCGUGUAAUCCUGCUGUACCCUUAACAAUGGAAGACAUAUGCAGGACUUAUCCAGUUCUGGAGGCAAAGACAACCAAAACGUUUUGGGUAAAUUAUGCCAAUACAAAUGCUGGAUUUAAUGAAGAAAACUCAACUUCAAUGUGCAUCAAAUCAAAUGACUUCAAGGCAAAGUAGUUUAUGAUUAGGUAUUCAAGAUCUGCUAUGUUACUUGACACGUCUGGAGCAUAGCAUGUUUAUUAGUGCUUACACCAAGAUUCUACUUACAGAUACAUUCUCUAACAAGUUACACACCCCCACAUUCCUUCUAGAAAUCUCCUGAAAGAUAUAAUCUUUUUAAUGGGAAAAUCUAAGUUUCAAAAUGCAAUAAGGUUGACAAAUAUUCUCCAAAAAUUCUUCAGGAUGAUAAUUUCAAGCUUUAGUAAGGAAUGUGGAUACCUGGAUGAGGAAUCCAGUUUAAACAAUAUGGUUUCUGAUUCAGCCCCUUAGAGUGUACUCUGGACAGCUCCAGGAGUCCAUGUUCAUAUCGUGACCUUGUCAUUGGGCGCGUGGAGCUUGCAUAACUGGCGACUCUGAAUGUCUCAGUCUGGGUAUGUUUGGCAGCACACAGUAUAUAUAUAAAGCGAGUCCAUCCAGUGUCUAUGCCCAGGUGCAACAUUGUUUGGCAUCCACAAGAGAACGAAAAUAUCCACUGAACAAAGGCAACUGGCCAGCGUAAAACAGUAAACUGUCACGCAUACUUCUGUAUGUCACGUUGUCCAGUCCACAACAAGGCUGGAAUAUCUGAUGAUGUAAGGCAACAAGAAGCAUAAAGAAUGAGGGAUGAAAGGGCUAGAAUGUCCAAUGAACAAAGACCAUAAGAUGUACAAAAAAGUUGGAUGUAAGGAAUUUCCAGUGAACAGAGGAUUGCAAAUGUAUGACAGAAUCAAAAUAGAUGGACUUACCAUUAAGCAAAUUUUAAUAAAUGGCAUUUUGCUAUAGUAGUAUUUGUAACAAUUGGUACAGCAAAUAUAGCUGUCUUUUGGAAAUUCAACAUGACCACCAUAUAUACUCAAGUAUAAAAAUCGAUCAUAAAAUCUUUCUUCCUGCAAUCUUGCACCAGUUUCUCAGACACAUCGAAUUUUGUUGCAGCAG